UCGUUAAAUUGUGUCGUAUGCGAGGUUAUGUUCACUGUAUUUUUAAAUUUAUAGCUCUCCUUGUUCUGCUGUUCAUUACAUUCUAAAUACGUAAACUAAAAAUAAACGAAUCAUUGAGUGUUGUACAAUAUCAAAGUUUUCUAAUUAAACUAUAAAAUGUCCACUCGGUGGUACCCCUUGUACCAAGCUGGUAACCCACAGCUUAGAAUUUACCUUCCAAACUUUUGGAUGAAACUUAUCGAAUAUAAAAAGCAACCAGAAUCUGUUGUCACAUUCCACUGUUCAAUAGAGAUGACAAAGUACGACGUUCGUAAUUAUUUAGAAAAGAUCUACAAUGUGUUUCCAGCUGAUGUUAGAACUAGAAUUGCAAGUGGAAAAACAAAAAGAUGUCCAAAAUAUGGAUGUGUAAUUAAAGAUGAUGACUAUAAAGUAGCUUAUAUUUCAUUGAAACAGGGUGAGAAAUUCACGUUCCCAAAUCUGUUCCCGCCACAAGAAGAAAAGAGCGAUGAAGAGCAGCAGGAAGAGUUGCUGAAUGAAUUCAAAAAAUAUGUGGAACCAAAUCAAAUGCCAGGUUUACCCACUUGGUUUAGAAUAUAAUAAAUUCAAUUGUACAUUUUAAAAAAAAUAAACAUCAUUUAAUCUUGCG